UUCAACCGACCUCAAGGUUUGACCAAUGGGAAGCCGAUCAGAAUAUGACUCGCGGGCCGGUUGUUUUUGAAAAUCUUAUUCAUUCGGAAAGAUGGCGACGGCUGAGGAAUCUGUGAGAAUAAGUGCGGUCAUGUUUUCUGCUGGCAGCUUGCUGGAGCGGUGUGACGGCGCGGCGGUCUCUCCCCACUCUGUGCCGGAUAAACAUGACAAAAUCGAGGUUCUCUUGGGAUACUUCGUGGAAAGCUGCAGGAAGAACCAACUGCUGUGUCGUCAGCUGCAUGUGCUGGACUCCCUCCUGUCUGUGCUUGAAACCAUGGACCCCCAAAACCUGGACCCAGACCCCCAAGACUUCCGCGCGGGUGAGAAGGAGAUGCACGGGGUGUGGAAGGGCUUGAAACGUCAGUUCCAGGAGGAGAGGCAGCAGAACGAGGCACUGAUCGCUGUGGCUCUGGAGAAGGGGAGGCGCCUGCAGGAGGCUAGGGGAGCCCUCGAGGAGCUGCUGCACAAACUGGAGCUGAAGAAAGCGAAAUUUGAAGAAAACCAGCAAAGUCAAAUGGCAAAGCAGCAGCAGGACAAGGACAGGGCGCAGUGUUUUCUGCAGCGGAGGGAGGAGCUGGAGGCUGCACUGGAGCAGGGCAGGAGGAACCUGCAGCGCUGUGACGAGAACAUCCUGCAGCUCAAACAGGAAGUGCAGGACAUGCAGAAGCAGUUCGGCCAGGGCACCAGGGAGCUCGACAGGACUCUGGAGCUGUUUCGGGAGCUGCAGGGUGUGGGGAUCCUGUCCCUGAGCGAGGAGGGGAUCACUGUGCAGCUCCGAGCCGCCUCACACACAGAACCGCUGCACGUGAGCCUGCACUGGAGGGGGGACGAGACGCUGCACGUGCAGAUGAGCAGCGCAGGAGCGGGACUGUGUGAGGCCAUGCUGCUGCGGGAGCCGCUGGGGGACGUGAAGAGCGUGAUCCUGGAGGCACUGCACUGCUACAGCAGCCAGGCCAGCCUGCUCUCUGACAUACAGGGGCUGCAGGGCAGGUUUGCUAUCGACUGGCACGCUGCAGAUCGGAGGCUGCUGUUUCUGAAGUCCGCCUCGGUGGUCUGCACCCUGGCCGUGGAGGAGGGGUUCCCCUCUCGUGGGCAGGUCCAGCUGGUCUCGGUGCAGGGCAAGGCCCAGCCCGUCCACGCGGCCUCACUCAGGCCUCCACAGCCGAACCCCUCUCUCCUGGAUUGGUUGGAGUUUCUCGAUUCCUCUCCCGAUGUCUGAGUGUCUCUUCCUGCUUCCUCGUCGCCUCUAGCUCUCUCGAAAUUGCCCUCCUCUUGUAAACUUUUUUACUUAAAUAAAGUAUUUUUCUGUGUUUUUAUACGUCUCCCAAUA